AGGUCUGUGGUCGUACAAAUGAUGGACGAAAGUCGCUUCAGCUGUCUUUGUUCUGUCAGUGACAUUUCGUUUGCUUCGUGUAAAUUUUGUGAUGAGCAAGAUACAAAUCCAUCUAUUUACUAAGGAAUAUGGUUUUUAUCAAUAGAUAAUGAUUACUUUUGUUGUACAUUUAACCUGGAAUUGAUAAAAGUUAUAGGAGUUUGUACAGUUGUUAAAUUAAUAAAAUAAUGGAGGAUCUCAACUUGACAGAAACCGAAACAAGAUAUUUCGGUGAUUUGUUUUUAUGUUGUGAUGAAGAAUCUAAUGGGAAAAUACCAAUUUUAAAAGCAACAGAACUAUUUAGAUCGUCGAACAUAUCCAAUGAUAUUCUGAAACAGAUCAUGGAUAUAAGCGUGUCUCCUAACAACUGUGCAACAUUAAAUCAUAUGAACAGGAAGCAAUUUUACUCAGCACUUAAAUUAAUAGCUGCACAUCAAACUAACAUAGCACUUAAACCUGAUCUUUUAUCAACUCCUAUUGAUCUUCCACUGCCGAGGUUCACGUGGGCACUUAACUCAGAAGCUAAUUCUGAUUUAAUACAGCUAUCUAAUUCUCCUAAAGAGCAUCACAUAUCAAAACGUGAAAGAAAUUUUGUUGGAAAUAUUAGUGCUUAUGAACCAAUAAGACUAUCUUCUAAUCUGUCUGAUAGUGAUGUUCCGCAGACAUUGUCUCAUGAUGGGAAUGAAGCACUCAGUACUGAUUCUGAAAUUGAGUCGGAAACAAUGUCACAAAGAUCUGGAUCGCGUGGUCGGAGAGUGAAAACUGGGUCACCCUGGAGCACAGCGAGUGAAAGCCCAACCCCAACCAACAGCGUUGCCGAAAGAGUACACCCAGUUUGGGAACAUAGUGCCACCGGUCGAGGAGUUUGGCCUACAAAUACAGCUGAAGAACACACAAGACUUUUAGGCACAGAAGAAGAAUCGUCCGAUCGUCAUUCAUCUGAAGAGGAUGGCGAGGGAGAUACUUGCAAUGACAUCUGGUCUAUCAGUGAGGCGCAGGCGCAUCACUACGCGUCACAAUUCUCACAAUUGCGACCCGAACGAGGACUUCUGUCCGGACAAACUGCAAGGCUAUUUUUCGAGAAAUCAAGACUUCCCGUACCCGAUUUAAGAAAAAUUUGGCAACUAUCCGACAUCGAUAAAGAUGGAAUGCUUUCAUUAGAGGAGUUCAGCAUAGCCAUGCAUCUCAUUGUAUUGCGGCGGAACAAUAUUCCGGUACCGGAGAUGCUACCCCCACCGCUCGUACCAAAGGUCGAUUCGCGCUUCUCACAACGCGUCGUCACUACCGACCUCGUUGACCUCGGCGCCGAGAUGUUCGGCUCGGGGACUUCAGCAGACUUCAAUUUCGCACCGAAAUCGGACAGUGGCGCUGAUCCGUACGAUGCCAAAACGAGUCGCCGGCCUGAGGAGCGCCAUCCGUCGGCUUCGCCUCCAAAGGCGGACGCGCAGCCGAACAAAGAGUGGACGAAGUUCGUCGACUCUCCUACAUCCAGCGUUUCGAGUCCCGGUCCGAAACCAGUGAACUUUGACUUCCAGCGCGCCGCCGUCGAACGAGAUCCGAAAAUUUUUCAUCCGGUCGCGCUGCGGGUUACACCAGAAGCUUCAGCCGGCGACGGGGACUCCCGCGCCUCCGCCUCCCCGCGGCGGGACGACGUUGCACUCGCUUUUGAGCUCGCCAGCCCCAAGCGUCCUGCCGAAACAAACGCUUCCGCCGCCGAUACCCGACCUGUGCAGAGACCCCAACCACGAAAACCAGUGAAAGGGACGGGAGCUCUGCCCCCUCCUCCGACUCGCGAACCUAUCGCCGCAGCAGACGAGGGGCCCGCUUCGUUGCAACCGUUGCCACGCAAAGAACCGCCACCACCGCCGCCGCCGCGUCCGCUCCGCAACCACGCACGCUCUAGUUCGCUGGACCUCACGCGUCUCAAGGGUGCACCUCCGCAGCCGCCGCCGAGGGACCCGCCCGCCGACGUACCGCCCGAGUACGAAGCCGAGGGGUUCGGGUACAAUCGGGAGGACGCGGCGCGUUCCCAGGGUGCCUUCGAGGUUUACCGGCGUGCCUCUCGUGAGCCCUCUGCGGACACGGAGCCGGAUGUGAAGGCGCUGCAGGAGCAGAACGCCGUGUUGCACCGCGUGUGCCGCGCGCUCAUUGCCGAGCUGGCGGACGUGCAAAGGGACCGCGAGCUAUUAAGGGUGCGUCUCCACCCACGCUCCCCACCGCUCUAGUCGAAGAGCCUCUUUCGUGCAGACGGUGGAUGUUUUUCAGCGCUCUCCGCCGCUUAGUAGCUUCCUCUGUCCGGUUGAUGUUCAACCGCACGCCCCACUGCCGUAAUUGAGGAGCCUCCCCCGUGCGGUCGGUUAAUAUACACCCGCCCACCCCGCCACUGUAGUUGAGGAGCCUCCCGUGCGGUCGGUUGACGUCCAACCGCAUGCCCCAUUACUGUUAUUGAGGAGCCUCCCCCGUGCGGUCUGUUGAUAUCUACCCGCGCACUCCGCCACUGUAGUUACGGAGCCUCCUCCGGGCGGUCGGUUGAUGUCCAUCCGCGCGCCCCACCAUUGUAGUUUAAGAGCCUCCUGCGUGCAGCCGUUAAGUCUCUAACCGCGAUCCCCAUCGCUCUAGUCCAAGAGCCUCCUACGUGCGGUCGGUGGGUCCACCAGUCGCGCUUUUCACCGCUCUAGUCUGGGGCCUCCACGGAUUCGAUGGGAGUUGGUUAUUUUGAAACGUGCGCGGAAACAUACAAACAAAGCGAAUGUUGUUGCAUUUAGUAUUUUAUAUUGCCUCGAUCCGGCAUCGUCACCGUCGUGUUUCCCUUCAAAAGACCCCGACGGAUGGUUGUAUUAAUGAAACGACACGACACGAAUAAUGCUUUUUCAACAAACAAAAAAACAAUCAAAAUGAAACGUCGUCGUGUAUGUACAUUUUAAUAAUUUGUUAAAUUUAGAGGCUAUAUUAAUAACUUCAUAUUCUAUGCAUUGUAAUCAUCUAGAUUAUUCUAGAUCAUUCAUUUUUCUCAUUCAUUCACGUACUAAGACGGGUGCCGUUUAUAUUUAAAAUAUUUACCGCCACGCCGACGCCAUAAAUUCAUUAUUAGUACAUAUUUUUAUACAAAUCGCGGCGACCUGAUUCUGAAUGUUCUUAAAGUACAUAGAAGUGAAUUGAAAUUAAUUUUGAUUUGAUUAAAGGUCAUUCUGUGUGCCAAUGUUCAAAAACAGUUUCAUCAGAUCCGUAGAGUUAGCGCAGAAGACGCGACGCUUGUGAGCAUUCCUUAUUUUUCAUUCGCUUCGUCAUUCAUUGUGAUAAUGAACUAACACAAAUAGAAUAUUUUAUAUUCCCUGUGAACAUUGUAUUAUAUGUAUCGGUUUAGUGUAGUGUAAAAAGCAUCUGGUGUUUUAUUUAAUUAAGUGAAAAAAAUAUAAAUUCAUAGAGAUUUUUCAUUUACUCGUGACGUUUUCGAUAUCGGCAUUUUAACGUUUUUAAAGUGAUUAAUAUACAUUAAAAAUGUCGAAAGAAUCUUGUAUUAUAUAAUAUGAAAAGAGUAUUCAGUUUUUUUUAAUCUCUUUCUGUGAGUCCUGUAGUUAGAAAAGUGGUCACAGUGUAAAUAUAAUAUGUAUUUGGUUUAUCAAUCGAGAUGCGUCUGUCGAAGCUUAAUAAUAAAUAAAUAACCCACAGAUCAUAAAAUAUAUCGAUUUAAAUUUUGGUCCAAUUUUUGUACUGUUUUAUUGUUCACCAUAUUAACCUAUUUAUGUUUAUUAAAACAAAUUUACUGUACUGCUUUUUAAAAUAUUAUUGUAGCAAAUUAUGUACAAUAAAAUUAUUUAAAAAUUA